GCCAUGUAACUUCCUUUUCCACCAAAACUUCAACCUCAAGCCGAAGCUACCUGUGGGUGUCGAAGUUUAACUUCGAUUGUCACCACUAUGGGGUUUGUUAAAGUCGUGAAGAAUAAGGCUUACUUCAAGAGAUUUCAAGUAAAGUUUCGAAGAAGGCGAGAGGGUCGCACCGACUAUUUUGCGCGCAAGCGUCUUGUGUUUCAAGAAAAAAACAAAUACAACACCCCAAAGUAUCGCUUGAUUGUCCGAUUCACCAACAAGGACAUCACAUGCCAGAUAGCGUAUGCCAGAAUAGAGGGAGAUGUCGUCGUAAUGGCGGCAUAUGCACAUGAACUUUCUCACUAUGGUGUCAAGGUCGGGUUGACAAACUAUGCUGCUGCAUACUGUACAGGAUUACUUCUGGCCAGACGGCUUCUGAAGAAGUUUGGUCUAGACAACCUAUACAAGGGAUGUGAAGAAGCUAACGGGGAGGAAUACUACGUUGAAGAUGCUGAUAAAGGUCCCGGGGCUUUCCGGUGUUACCUUGACGUUGGUCUGGCAAGGACGACGACAGGAGCGAGAGUAUUUGGAGCUCUGAAGGGCGCUGUAGAUGGAGGAUUGGACAUCCCACACAGCUCAAAACGAUUUCCUGGAUAUGAUGCUGAAACAAAGCAAUACAAUGCAGAAGUCCACCGCAAACACAUCUAUGGUCAGCAUGUUGCAGACUACAUGAAACUGCUCCAGGGUGAAGAUGAUGAUGCCUACAAGAAACAGUUCGGACAUUUCAUCAAGAAUGGAAUAACAUCUGAAAGUUUGGAGAACAUGUACAAAAAAUGUCACACUGCCAUCCGAGAGGAUCCUGAACGUAAACCAGGACCAGAAAAGAAAGUCACCAAAAAGAGAUGGAAUCACGCCAAGUUGUCCUUAGCUCAACGCAGAGCGCGCGUGAAGCAAAAGAAAGCAGCAUUUUUGAAAAAACUGGAAAGUGACGAUUAAAUUAUAUCCAGAGCUUGUAUCUGUCUGACAAGAAUAAAAUGCCAGAAGUA